AUGGUCUCCGAACGCAUCUACGAUCUAUGCCGCCCCAUACUCGAAGAUGAAGCUCUUGGCGACGAGGACAAGACGGACAAGCUGGAGGACAUGCUGAGCAGUGCUCCCGUCUUGCUGAAAGGCAAGGCACUGGAGGAUGCUGUGCUCGGCGCAUUGUGGCAAUAUAAAGCUGCGACAGACAAGACAUCCUCGCCACCUCCAGCCCGUGGCGCGACGCUAGUGCGGUCACGUUCCCCUGCUCCGUGGCUGCAGAGGGCAGGCACGCCAGUCUCAGGCACCAGCUCACCACGUCCUUCCACCGCGACUCCUUCGCAUCCUCCCGGUUUCGGGCCGGGACCUCCAGCUUUUGCACGGACGAAGUCUUCGACCGCUUCUCCAUUCGGCUCACCACGGCCUUCGCCACGCUUGCCUAUCGCAACACCAGCUAUCCCUCACAGUCCUCGCUUGAGCGCUUACCAGUUCAGUGAGUCUUCGCCUACGACUGAGAACUAUGGCGAUUAUGGAAGUGACACGGUCGACUGGCUGGUGAAUGACGAUGCAAGCAGUAGUACCAGCUAUGGCGACUCGGGCUUCAAUAGCUCCUCGGAAUUCAUGUCACCUUACACGACUGAGAUGAGUCCAUACGACAUGCUACGAUCGAUCUUGCAGGACCACAAAAGCGACGACGAGCUAGAGCAGGUGCUCGAAGCCAAUGGCUAUGAUUUGAGCCAAACAAUUAAUGCUCUUAUGGAGGAGCAAGGCAUGAAUAUAAAUGCCAUGGCUGCUGCAGUACAAGAGCAGCAGACUCGUAACAUACUAAUUGGGAAGAGCAUGUCUCCAUCCUCGCGACCAGUGACGCCGGCUGGACAGCAAAAGUCGCCAAUCGUGUGUCGAUACUGGCUCACGUCGGGUCACUGCGCACGUGCCGACUGUCGCUUCGCCCACGAAGUACAAAAUCACAUCUGCAAAUUCUGGCUGCAAGGUAAUUGCCUGGCAGGCUCGAAUUGUCUCUUCUCGCACGAUCCAACAGCACUCAUGCAACAGCUGAACAUGAGCGCCAGUGGGGCUAGCACACCAUCUCAGCUUGCCCACUUCCAACUGCAGGACUAUGACUCCUUUCCAGCCUUGACACGAACCACCAGUAAUCCGUACGAGGAGGAGGAGGUGGCGAGUGUCGACCCGAACGUCCUCAACGCCAUGCUAGCCCAACAGCAACAGCAGCAAGCACCUGUCCAACCACCACCAGGCCUCUUCCCAAGCUUCGUCCCUUCCGGUCCACGCAACCAACACAGCAGACCCAGCUCUCGCCCAACAAGCCGCCACACCUCCCGAGCACCAACACCAUCCCAACAACCCAACUUCCAAGAUGACGAAGCCUUCCCCUCUCUCGGCUCCGCCGCAGCAGCCAAACCAGGAAAACGCCACCACGGCAAACGCGGCGGCCACGGGCACCACAACCACACAGCCACUCCACCCCAACCCAGCAGUCUCGCCGACGUCGUCCGCAUGUCUCCCUCCCCCGGUCCCACCAGCAGAGAAGCAAUGAAACGCGGCCUCCGCGCCAAUAAAUCCUUCACCGCCUCGCGCGAAAACAGCGCCGCCGCCCUCGCCAUCCCACCUCCAACCGACAUCCCCUGGCUCGACACUGGAAGCGGAGUAAAUAGCGCGUAUAUGAAAGCCCGCCAAGAAGCCUUUAAACACGGCGGCCUACGCAACAAAUUCCUGCAAUCCGCCGCUCAAGCCUGGAACCGCAAUGAUGCUCGAGGUGCGAAGGCGCUGAGUUUGAGAGGCCAGAACGAAAACAGCAUCAUGCGGGAGAAGCAUCGCGAAGCGGCUAAGAUCUUGUACGAAGAACGCAAUAAACACAUCUCCCCCUCCUCCUCCUCCGGCUCAAAGCAGCAAGAACUCUACGUCGACCUCCACGGCCUGCACCCCGAAGAAGCCGUCUCCUACCUCUCCUCCUGCCUCGCGGACCAAGCCCGCUCUUCACGACCCGUCUACGCGAUCUGUGGAACAGGCCACCAUAGCAAAAACGGGAAGGACAAAGUGGGGAAAGCUAUCCGGACGUUUCUGAACGAAUGGCGGUAUGCUUUUCGCGAGUUUUCGGUUCCCGGAGAUCGGAAUAAUGUUGGGGGGAUUUUGGGCGUGGAUCCGGGGUCGUAUGAUCGGGAGGCUGGGGGUAGUGGUAGAGGGGUGGGGGAGGUUUUGGCGGGGGGGAGAGAUAGUGGGGUGGAGGUUAGGGGCGAUACGAAGGUUUUGUUGUUGAGGGAGGAUCCGAGGCGGGUGGGGGUUGGUGUUGAUGAUGAUGAUGAUGAUGGAGAGGACGGGGAGGAGGGGUAG